UGCUAGAGUAUGCUGCCCCCGUUUGGGCCAACUUACCGCAGUACCUAUCCGAUGAUAUCGAAUCCGUUCAACGAAGGGCAUUAAAAAUAAUAUUCCCAGACUUCGACUAUUUUCAAGCCUUAGAGUCCUCUAAACUGCUCCAGUUAUCUAAUCGUAGAGAUCGUAUUUGUGAAUCCUUCAUGGCUCAACAACGAAAGUCAAGCUCUGUGUUGUCUAAGAUCAUUAACACUAAUUACGAACCUACCAUCACUCAUUCGUAUUCAUUACGAUCGCAGUCGAGGAGAUAAACAAUGUCCAAACAAUCGUAAGAACUAUAACCGUUUUAGCCAAUUUGUAACAAAUAAAUUUUGAACAAUUUAUACAGUAUAUAUUUAUAUAUAUAUAUAUAUAUAUAUAUAUAUAUAUAUAUAUAUAUAUAUAUAUAUAUAUAUAUAUAUAUAUAUAUAUAUAUAUAUAUAUAGAUAUAUAUAUAUAUAUAUAGAUAUAGAUCCUUUUAAUAAUUACAUAUUUGUAUAUAAUUUAGGUUUUAUAAUAUAAUCUAUUUUUAAUCAUGUAAGUAACUCGUAAUUCAGAUGUAAAUGUUCUGCAAAGAGUUAUUAAUAAACCAUUACCAUUACCAUAGAAAUUCUGUCUGUAUUCGAUAGGUAAUUAAUGUUUGAUUCCUGACAUUCUGGUAUAUUGUAUAUUAUUUAUAGUGUCGAGAGCUCGUCAGAAAAAUUUACUUCGCAGCAGGAAUUUAUACCAACCUGUCCAAACAGGUAAUGAAGCAUAAACUGUAUCAAAAACUACGGCAAAAUAAAAUGAACGAAUUGAUUAUUUAAUUAUAUGAAGCCGCGGUUGGGUCAUGAGAUCCACUGAGUAGAAUGCCAUUCAAAAACUGACAGAAUUUGCUUCUAUUUAUGUCGUUAAAUACAAUGAUCUGGAGUGUUUUAUGUUAGCGGCAUAUAUGUGGUGACAUGCAACCGUAUUGGUGUCAAAACACAGUUUUAGAUGCCCCCCAAAGUCUAUAUAAUAAUAAUACCCAGUUAUGUCAGUUGAAACAUGAGCAUAUGUCUAAUUGGCUUUAUAUACUGAAUAGAUUUGAUUAUCAUUUAUAGAAAUUUAGUGCAGGAAGAAACAGAUCGCAGUUGCUUGGACGCAUAUUAUGCAUCUCUUCUGGAAACGACUGAUUCAUUGACCAAUUUUGAAGAUGCGAGUAUCUGUAUCGAUGAAGAUAAAGCAAAUGCCAACCAAUCCACUGCAAUUGAUAAUGGUGAUACUGAUACCUCGGAUGUUGAAGAAACCGCGAAUGAAAUUUUAACAAAAUUAGCACUGGAUAUCAAUCAGGAUAACAUUUCCAAAUUUAACAUUUCACGAAACUUUAUUUGGGAAGGAACUAAACGAGCACUAUCACGAAAAUCAUUUUCACCAAAUAACAAAGUGUCAGUGAAAUUUACCGAUGAUGCUGGGAACAGCGAGGACGCAGUUGACAUGGGCGGACCAAUGAAAGAAUUUUUUACGCUUGUCUUUCAGUGGUUGUUUACUUCCCAACUAUUUUGUGGAUCCGAGCAUGAUAAAUUUUUAUCUUAUCAAGCCAGCAGCAUAGAACAGAAUGAGUAUUACUUUGCAGGAUUAAUCAUAGCCAAUGUCCCUGGUAAAUGGUGGGCCUGGACCUCAUUGUCUUGCUUCAAAAAUGUUUCAAGCUCUUGCUCAUGGGCUAGAAAGCGUUGUUAUUGAUCUUUAAUCUUUAAUAAAAUUUCUUUUAACACGGUAGCCUAUUCAGUAUAAUAUAUACAGUCUGUUUUUCAAAGGGCUGUGUUAUAUAGUAUUAAACACACAUUAACUAUGGAUAUUUACAGUUAAUUACAGCACAUAAUUAUUACACACCCAUUAAUUUCGGAGAUGCAUUAUACAUUAUUCAUGUCCAAGCUUAAGGGUUAAAACGCCGUUUGAAAUCGGGUAAAGAUAAUGCACUUGUCAUCGGCUUCCCCGAGGCGUCGACCCCCGGGCAGACCACGGGAUGUUGUGGGAGAAUACACGUAGAUUGCAACAAAAUUCUUCCCCAGAGUCAGGAAAAUCAUAACACUUUGUUCUACCACUUAAAAAGAGGGUGGGGGAAUUGCUUUUUUGAAUUUUACCCACGGGAAUAUGACGGGGAAAUUUUUAAAGGAAAUAUUUUCGAAAUAUGUCAAAAAUUAAGGAAUUGCGUGGAUAGCUUCAUUUCCAGAGCUUCCAUAUUGACAGAAAUUUCAUUUUCAAAGGAAAUUUUGGCUUUUAGGAAAAUGAAGGAAAUGUGAAAGAAAUUUAAAAUCGAAGGAAAUUUGAAGGAAAUUUAGGAAAAAAUAGAAAAUUUGAAGGAUUUUUCAAAAUUAGCUGAAAAAAUCAAAUGAGCACAUGUUUUUAACCACUUUUUCUGCCAUGAUUUUGCAUAAAUCUACAUAAAAAUGGAAAAAUUCGUAAAAGAAAAUUUCAAUAUUUUUGAAGGAAAUUUUAGUCCAAAUAAGGACAAAAUAAGGAUUUUUCAAUUUUUGAAAGUGGAAGCACAGUUCAUUUCUUCAAGAUGGCGGAAAUCACUAGCGUGGAAAGUGGCGUGGAAUUGCAAGAUGUAAUCAAAAAUGUAAUUUUUUAAAAAUCCUUAAAUUUUUUGGGUUAAAAUCAUACAUCCACCAACUUUCUAAUCCACUUUCAAUUCAGUGUGAAAUUACAAGUUUGGUAUUUUACAUAUUUUAGUAUGCAAAUAUAUUGAAAGUAUUUUAAAACAAGUAUAUUUGAAAAAAAACCUGUAUAUUUGAAAAAAAACAACAAACAAACACUCUUUAUUCUUUAUUUUAAACAGCAUUUCACUGAUUUGAAUACAAGCAUGGUACAGUUAAUAAUACAUUAAUAUUUAUUUAUAAUAUAUUUCAUUUUGUCAAAUUUAGGUGUUGUUACAGUUGGGAGACAGAAAAAAAAAAUCAUUCAAAUACAUGAAAGUGACAGUCAAACAUUCGAGCAAUUGACUAUUGAAGUAAAAAAUUGUUUCAAAAUUCCCGAAAAUACAAAGGUUUAUCUUAAAAAAUUUGACUGUGAAUGGAACGAUUAUAUUGAAAUUGAUAACAUAGAUGAUGUUACUGAUAAAGACAGGCUAGUAGUGGAACAGGAAAGUAUUAGCAUUGUGGCAGAAAAACAG